AUGGGACCAGGGAACUCUCCAGCCCCACCCAUGGUGGCUGAAUGGGGCAGCGGGGAUGCAGGCAAAUGCCUGCAACUACCCACCAGGUGCUCCCUUCAACUGCCGCUCACAGGGCUGCGGAAAUGCCUGGUCCCGUCAGCGAGACAGGGAGAUUUUCCCCGUCUCUUUGACACCGGAGAGAAACAGCCCAGCGUGCUUGCUUUCCCGAUUCAUGCCUCUUUGAGGAACAUCCAGUUCAACAACAGUGCAGGAGAGGAAGUCGUUUUUGCUGAAAGUGGCAAGAGAUCCGCUGGCUACGAUAUUCUGAACUUGAUCUUCUUCCCAAAUCAGUCUUCAGCUCAAGUGAAAGUUGGAAGGAUGGAUCCUAGAGCUCUCCCAGGCCAAGAUUUCAUCAUUAACACAGAUGUGAUUGUUUGGGCUACCCAGAAGUUGCCCUCUUCCAGGUGUGUGGAGAGCUGCUUGCCGGGUUACAGCAGGACAGUUCAAGAAGGGGCGCCGGUUUGCUGUUAUGAAUGUUUCCGUUGUGCGGAAGGGGCCAUUUCUAACUACGCAGAUGCUGAUCGCUGUGUCCCAUGCCCAGAAGAUCAAUACCCAAACAAGAACCAAGAUGGAUGUAUCUCCAAGGCCAUACAUUUCCUUUCCUAUCAAGAGAUUUGGGGGGUUGUUUUGGCUUCUCUUGCUCUUUUGCUGUUUCUCAUCACAUCAGUAGUCCUGGCAAUGGUCAUUAAACAUCAAGACACGCCGAUUGUCAAAGCCAACAACCGAAAGCUAACAUAUGUCCUCCUCAUCUCCCUCCUGUUUGGUUUCCUCUGCUCCUUCCUAUUCAUUGGUCAACCCAAGAAGGUCACCUGCCUUCUCCGACAAACUGCCUUCAGCAUAAUUUUUUCAGUUGCCGUUUCUUCCAUCUUGGCAAAAACUGUCACAGUUGUUCUGGCAUUUAUGGCCACUAAGCCAGGAAACACGACAAGGGAACUGUUGAGGGGUCAAUGGGUAAAUUCCAUUGCACUGGCCUGUCCCCUCAUACAAGUUGCCAUCUGUUCAAUUUGGUUGGGAACCUCUCCCCCAUUCCCCAGCUUCGAUUUCCAUUCGUUGGUGAAAGAGAUCAUAGUGGAAUGUAAUGAAGGGUCAGUCACUAUGUUUUACAUUGUCCUGGGUUAUAUGGGUUUUCUGGCCAUUAUUAGCUUCAUUGUAGCUUUUCUAGCUAGGAAGCUGCCCGAUAGCUUCAAUGAAGCCAAAUUAAUCACCUUCAGCAUGCUGGUGUUCUGCAGCGUGUGGGUCUCAUUUGUGCCCACCUAUCUGAGCACUAAAGGGAAGUCCAUGGUGGCCGUGGAGGUCUUCUCCAUCCUGGCCUCUGGAGCUGGUCUCCUGGGUUGCAUCUUUCUCCCCAAGUACUAUAUUAUUGUUCUGAGACCUGAUCUCAAUAACAGAGAUCAUCUUAUAAGGAACAAAAAAGGGACCUAA